AUGGCCAAUUUCUCUGUACUUAUCAAGUUUGAGUCUGAAGAGGACCGGGAGACAUAUUUCGCCGAUCUUGGUCCCGAUGCCCGAGGCCCGCCGACUGUUGGGACCAAAGUCAGCGCGGUCAAGUCGUUACAAGACUUGACGGAUAACCAUGAGACCAGAACAGUAACAAUUCGUCGUCUGUUAGCACCACUGCCAAGAGAUGAUCUGCCUUUGUACUGCGUUGGAUUGAACUAUCGCAGUCAUGCCAAAGAAGCUUCGCUCACCUUGACAUCGGUUCCUCCUCUAUGGACCAAACCAGCUGCGUCCCUUGCAAACCCAGGCGAAGACAUCCCAAUCAAUGACUUCUGCGCAAAGAGUCUUCCAGACUACGAGGGCGAGCUUGUAUUUGUCACCUCUAAACAAUGUCGCGACAUUUCUCCCAAGGAAGCCAAGGACUACAUCCUAGGGUACACCGUGGGCAAUGAUAUUUCUUGCCGCAUGUACCAGCUUCCCAAGCAUUCAGCCGGUCAAUUCUUCUUCGCCAAGGCUUUCGACAAGUUUGCCCCCAUUGGUCCUGCUUUGAUCAGCCCAGCCAUAUUUGGUGAUGGUUCAGGCUUUUCAGUAGAAGCAAAGGUCAAUGGAGAGGUCAGGCAGGUAGCGGAGUUUAAGAAGGAUAUGGUGUUCUCGCCGGAGCAGAUUCUUAGCCAUAUGAGUCAAGGAACAACCAUACCGGCUGGUACAGCGGUCAUGACUGGAACACCCGCUGGAGUGGGUGCUUUCCAUAGUCCCAAGGUGUUUCUCAAAGAUGGCGACGUGCUCGAAGUCACCAUGGCGCGGGUUGGAACGUUGCGGAAUGUUAUCAAGUUUCAGUAA